AUGAAUUUUAACACGCGAAUCGAUGUUGAAGUAAAAAAGCUAUCAAAAGAUCCAGAGGAUGAGGUUGGAAUUUACAGGAAGUUUGAUGGUAAACGAAGUUUCUAUGCAUUUAUCAGGGGACCAGACGACUCGCCCUUUGAACACGGUUAUUUUAAACUUUUCGUACAUCUUUCCCCUGAAUAUCCAUUUAAACCUCCCGUUGUCAAGUUUAUGACACCGGUGUACCACCCAAAUAUUAGCAGUAAAACUGGUGCUAUUUGUCUUGACAUUCUCAAAGAUCGUUGGACCGCGGCAAUGAAUUUAGAUACGUGCCUACGCUCCAUUCAGUCGCUACUAACAGAUGCUGUUCCUGAAGAUCCACAGGAUUACGAAGUUGCGGUUGUUUAUUGCAACGACAAUGAGAAGUACCUGAAGACGGCUCGAGAGUGGACCGAGAAAUACGCUACAAAGGAGUACAUUAGCGAAAGUGAAAAGCUGGUAGGCGCUGCUUCGCUUCCGUGGAAGGCUCACUGGUAG